AUAAAAAAAAGAAGAGGAACGGAGAAAGAGAGAGGAGACGAAGACUGCUCGCUCGCUCCUCCAUCGUCGUCUGAUCAUUUUGCAUUACUCAAACCCUAACCCUAGUUUUCUCUGGUUCCGGUCGGAACUCUCUUCACCUCUAACUCGUUUUGCUUUAGACUCAGCUCAUCGACACUCUCUUAACAAACCCUAAUUUUUGACCCCCCCUGAUCAUGGCCUCCGCCGCUACCAAUAACUCCACUUCUUCUUCUUCUAUCUCCCCUCGUCACGUGACCGACUCUCCUCGUCACGUGAGCGAGAAUCGCGGCAGCCCCACUGCUACACAACCGCGCCGUCCCUCUCGGCAGGUCUCUUCUCCCUGGACUCAGAUCGUCCGCGGCGAAUCGGAGCCGCCGACGAUCGCCGCCGCCGCCGCCGCUCCUCCUUCCAAGGCCCCGAUCGACCAGAUUGCUUCCGCUCCCGUCGCUGCUCCACCUGCUCCUCCUCUUUUGACGGCGGAAGAGUCUGGUGAUCAAGGCGAGUCCACCGGAAAGAAGCCGGUUUGGAACCGGCCGUCUAACGGAGCUUCCGAGAUCGCGCCUGUCAUGGGAGCUUCGUCGUGGCCUGCUCUCUCCGAGACUACCAAAGCUCCUCCUUCGAACAAGUCUUCCUCUGAUUCAAGUAUCGGCGAUGUACCAUCAUCCUCCGUUUCUCAGGGAGCUGCUAGUGCUUCUGUUCCUGCACCAAAGCAACUCGGCCGUGCAAACAACCCCAAUCCAACACCAAACCACUCAGCGCGCCAGAGAUCAUUCAAACGGAACGGCGCCUCUGCUAACGGUACUGUGCCUCAGCCAACAGCGCAGGGUUCACUUGUUGAAGGCGCUUCUUCGCACAAUCCUUCUCCGAGAGGCCAGAGCCAGAAGAAUAAUGGCUUUGCUGCAUCGCAAACUCAUGGUGGUGGUACUACUGACAACCAACGAGACUCGCACAGGAACCAAAACGGUAACCAUCACCACCACCAUCACCAAAAUCACGGUGGCAGGCGCAAUCAGGAGCACGGGAACCAGAACUGGAAUUUCCACAGAAGCUUUAACGGGAGAGAUGGAAAUAAUGCGCAAUCGCAAAGAGGUGCUCCAGCGUUUGUGAGAUAUGCACCACCCCCGCCUCCACCACCACCUGUGCAGGCGAUUCCUCCUCAGUUUAUGGCGGCUCAGUCUAUUCAGUCUUUCGGCAGUCCUGUGCCUUUCCCUCCUGAAUUGGCUCCUCCGUUUUAUCCCGGUGGUAUGCCUUUCGUCGCUCCUCUCUCACCUGGUCCAGUCUUCUACCAUGUCCAAGAUCCUCCUUUAAGCAUUAAACUACAGAAUCAAAUUCAUUAUUAUUUUAGUGAAGAGAAUUUGAUUAAAGACACAUAUCUCCGUGAGCAAAUGGAUGAUCAGGGUUUUGCUCCUCUAUAUGUGAUUGCUGGUUUCAGAAAGGUUGCAGAACUUACAGACAGCAUCCAGCAAAUAGUGGAGGCUCUACAAGGUUCACCUUUUGUUGAAGUGCAGGGUGACAGAAUAAGGAAGCGCCAUUACUGGCAACAUUGGCUGAUUCCUAAAGAGACGAACCCUGCGGUUCCAAACCCUCAACCUGUUGAUGCAGUAGCAAGCCGAGUUGGAAAUUUAUCGAUUGGUCAGAGCUCAGCAGAGCCAAUUGGUGGUUCAGGUAGUCAGCUGCAACCUGCGGAAGCAGAAAACAAAGCUGUUUCAGAUGGUCAGCCAGAGUCUUCUGGUGUUGAUCCAGUGAGCAACAGUAAUGGCUCAGGCGGUGCAAACCGUUGACCAUCACGCUGUAUGGAGCUGUUGGUUAGUGUUGGAGAUGAAGUAUAUUAUUUUGUCCUGCCCAAAAAUCAGGAAAAACAACAAUAAUGAAGGGGAAUCUCAAAAAAAAAAAACAGAGGUAAAGGUAAGGCAUAGACCCAAAAAGAGAAAAGAGACUUAUAUUUUUAAAAAAAAAACAGAGAAAGAAUCAAACAUUUGUGAUUCUUCUAGCUAGCGGAAACUUUUGCAUGUUUAUGUUUUUUUUUGGUUUUGGUGGUUUUUGGAUGUUGCUAAUAACUUUCUUUUAGUUUUAUGUUACUUUGUUACAAACAAUGGGCAUUGACGGUUGCUUGUAACCAUUGUUAUUUUAUGGGAUUAUCCGUUGUUGUUUGCAGUA